GUUACGUCCUAUUCCGGGCGCGGUGUUCGCCUGUUGUGUUGCUGCUUGGUUGAACUGUAAUGACUGAGAACUAUGAGUACAUGCCGCGAGCGAUGCAGGACCCUGAUGUUGAAUAUCCUUUAACAAUUAAGUAUUGUGGUGAAUGCACUAUGCCUCUGGAGUAUUGUGAAUUUUCACCAUUCCCUGAAAAAUGUCGAGCAUGGUUAGAGAAAAAUUUACCUGAAGAGUUUGAACGACUUAAUACUGAUAAUGUGGAUUCAAAUCAAACUGAGGCAACGCCUAAAGGACGUCAAGUUAGGGGUGGAAAAGGAGGACCUAAAAAGCCAGUAAAACAACAAAUAGCAGUAUUUAAAACUUCCAGAGGCAAGAAAAAAUAUACGACUAGUGUCACUGGACUGUCCACAUUUGGGAUUGAUCUGAAAGCAGCUUCGAAAGUAUUUGGUCACAAAUUUGCAACCGGUAGUUCAGUAACGGGGAAUGGUGAUGAAAUUGUAAUUCAAGGAGAUGUAAAAGACGAGCUAAUUAAUGUAUUAAUAGAAAAAUGGCCAGAAAUUGAUAAAGACGUAAUAGAGAAUCUUGGGGAAAUGAAACGAUAGACCAAAUUCGUUAUUUUGGUGUACAGUGUUUAAGUUCAAUUUUAAUCAGUAAUUGUUACCAAACGACCUCACUUGUUGUUUUUACUAAUCACUAAUGCCUUAUUUGGUGUACAUCUGGAUGUUUAUCACAGCUCUUGAAGAAUCUACGUUUUGUUUGUCUGCUUGAUAAUUGGGGAUCGAUUAACGCCUUGGUUUUUCUAAGUGUUGAGUUUUUUUAUCUCUAGUUUGGGUAUCAUUCUUAAGCUUGUUGAUUAUUCGAAAUAUACUAUCCUCGUCAUUUUCGCAAUUGAAUCUUGAUUCUAUACUAUUUGACAAAGUGGAUCAACAUUGUUGUGAUGAUUAACUAUUAAGUAGUAGUCGUGGACUGUUUGUUUUGGAAUCAAAUCGAUGACCAAAUAACCGCUGUACGACCAACUGACUUCCACCUAUUGAAUUGAUUUUAUUCUAGUCAUGUCGAUUAAUUAUAUAAUCAAUCAUUUUGGUUAUUCGUAUUAUUAUUUGCGAUUCCAUUUAUUUUAUUUUAUGCUGCUAUAUUUCUUAUAUGAAUGUACAUCAAUCACUUGUUUCCACUAAUAUUUAUUAAUGUUAGGACAGUCGGAAAAAGAGACCAAUAAUUAUCAUGUUAAGUUCAAUGGUGUCCUUGAACCUUAAAUGUACAUUUCUUAUUGGUCGAUGUUUAUUUCACUUGUUAAAUAUUGUACAAAUGUUGUUUCCUAUUUUAUGGUACGAUGUGGGUUGCUUGCUUGGUAUAUAAACCCAGUAUGUUUGAAAUACAUGAUUC